GACUGGUAGAUUAGUUCACGCGUAAUGGCCCGGCUCCCGGCUUCGUCGUGUGGGUCGCGCGAAGGCUUUCGUUCUUACGGUGUUGAAGAAGAUUUGAGUUUCUGAGAACGGAGUUCGGAGACGCUGAUCCCGUUUGGAGGGCUCCAGAUCGAUCUCGGUUUCCGAGAGGCCGAGGCAUCUCCUCGCGUUCUCUCGAAUCCCGACUCCCGGAGGAAGAACCCUAGGAUGAGCUCCAGGCCCCCAAAUCUCACCUUCAAGCUCGUUCUCCUCGGCGACGGUCGAGUUGGGAAAACCUCUCUUGUAUUGCGAUAUGUAAAUAAUGUUUUCUCUGAAAAACAACAAGCUACAGUGCAAGCUUCAUAUUUAACAAAACGCCUUGUUAUUGAAGGUGUGCCUAUUACCUUGUCUAUAUGGGAUACUGCUGGACAGGAGCGAUUUCAUGCAUUAGGUCCUAUAUACUAUCGGGAUGCAGAUGCAGCUCUUUUGGUAUAUGACAUCACAGACAAUGAUACUUUUGUUCGAGUAAGGAAAUGGGUUAAAGAACUUCAACAGAUGGCUUCCAAGAAUAUAAUCAUGGCAAUAGCUGCAAAUAAAAGUGAUUUAGUUAGGUCAAAGAAGUUUGAUCUUCAAGAAGCUGAAAGUUUUGCAGCAGCAAUUGGGCCAAGACUUUUCCUCACAUCUGCAAAAUCUGGGACUGGAGUAGAGGAAGUCUUCCUUGAUAUUGCAACACGAUUAUUGCAAAAGAAGAAAAACAGUGCUGAGGGCUUGUCCCCUGCUCCACCAAGAAAAGGGAUUCUUAUUGUAGAUGAACCAGAGAAAGAACCCCCACCAAAGUGCUGUUCAUAGCAUUUAUAUGCAAUAAUCCAUCAGAUUAUUUACAGGUAGUUGGUCAUGUUUCAUAUAGGCAUAUAGCGAUGAAGUUUUAAAAUGCAAUUAACCCUACACCUCGCAAAGAGAGAAAUAUCAGUUUGAAUAGCAAUCUUUGGACUGGUGUAGAAUGGCAGCAGUUCUCAAAGUGGCCACAAAUUUUUCAGUUUACUAUCUUGAGGUUUAUCACCAUCAAAAGGGUUUAUGCUGAAAUUUAUCCAUUUGUAUAUACAUUGCAAUGUGCAAACACAUAUGCUGGGGUGUAUAUGUAGAUCACUUGAGCUUUUCUAUUUUCUCGUUUAGUGUUGAGCUUGCUUAAUAGUCCCUUA